AGAAACCAAUCAUAUUUACAGCUUGCUUCAACGUUAAUGACUUGGCUUUAUUAUAAAACGCGUCCUUUUCUUUUCUAUUCCCACAAUUCGUCAUCAUCCUCUUUCAUUAAUUCAUUUCAAGAGUCAAUCUUUCCUCCUCCAUCGAUCUCCAAUCCAAGAAAAGCUUCGCAAAAACUGACGCAAUGGGCCAAAAAGACGAGCCUGCAAUAGGGGUUCCUUACUACGUCGGCCAGAACCCGCACCAAGCAGGAGCAAUCCCACCAAACGCCGUCUUCGGCGAUCCCAAAGGAAUUCCUAUUCAGCAAACGAUGUAUCGGGACACUCCUGCUCCUUUUAACUGCACUUUCUGUGGCAAUUCUGGACUUACUGUCGUCAGAUCAAAGCCAAGUCUGGCAGCUGUUGUUGGUUGUAUGACUCCAUUUAUGCUUGGAGUGUGCUUUCUUUGCCCCUCAAUGGACUGUCUCUGGCAUAAAUAUCACUAUUGCCCAAGCUGCAAAGAAAAAGUUGCGGACUUCGAGAAAUCAGAUCCUUGUUUAGUGGUGGAUCUUCCCCAGUGGACGCAGCAGAGCUUUGCAUUGCCUGCAUGACCUGAUAAAAGCUCGUUGUUUUUAUACUGCUCCUGGCUGAACAUAUAUACGCUCUCAUCCUUUUGUCUUGCCAUUUGUUUACUGGACUUUCCGAGUAUGAGCAAGGAAUUGAAAUGUAAAGAACGACUGUUGGUGGCGCUAAUACAUAUAUAAUUUCUAGAAUGGUGUGAAAUUUAGUGUGUUUCAUAUAUAUAAUCUGCAGUCUGUACUUUCUGAAUAAAGAAUUUUGUCAGGUGUUCAUGUUUCUUUUUCUUGAAAGCUAAAUGUUUGUUCUUGUUGCU